UCACAGGCACUCACAUCUGUUCACAAUUGCUUGCCUUCCCGUUCCCACCUAGCUUCCUCGCUCGCUUCCUCUCAUGCGCUCUCUCGGGUUCUCUCGGUGAGAGAAGUUGUGCGAGAGUCGUCAACAUGGGCUUUCGGGGAGUAUGUAGCAAAGCAAAGUGUUGAGUUAUUUCAGUUUCAUUUCAGCAACGGACGUAGUCGGUUUGGUUUUCCAAGGAAGCUUCAUACCGAUUUUAUUCCCAACGUCUCAUUGACGCUCUUGUUUCUUCGUCUUCGGGGAAAAACCCGCGUGUCUUGUGCGACAUAAGUUGGGAGUCAAAUAAACCCAUAAUAGUUACAUUUUGCAAACCACAUGUGCCCCCAACCAAACAACUGAUUAAACAUUCAUAUCUGCAUGGUUGAUGUGUGUGCACCGAAAACUCAAGGAUUACCAAGAGUGAGCGUGAAGUGAUCGGCAAAGAACUCGCAAAAAUAUUUAAUUUAUAAAAGUUUCAAUUGUGGAUAAAGUGAUCCGAAUUAUUUUUCCGAUAUGACAACGGACAGAGCAUCUGAUCCAACCUACGCAAAACUCACAGCAGCAGAACUCUCUGCACUCUUCCUCAAAGGUGCCUCAAUGUCAUCACUAAUGGAGCGCGAUGCGGGCUUCUGCUCCGGCAGCUCGGAGAAUGAAGAUGACACACUCACGGAUCACGCUCAGGCACCACGAAGUCCCACCGAUGCAUCUGAGGAUUCAGUCGAAGUCAAAGUCACCCCUAUUUCCCUGCCUAAGAAUAAGCGCAAGAGCAGUGAACCUCUGCGGUGCGUGUCAGAACCCGAGCUAGGACCUAUUAAGAAGCGAAUUCGGUAUGAGGAGAAAAUGAAAGCAGCCGAGGCGAAACCAGAUACAAAGAAUCCCUUUCGACCAUGGGCUUCCGUAGUAGGGGCUGUUCCACCCCAGUGUCCACCACCCGUUGACCCAGCACAGAUCUUCCGAAGACAUCCUGCUGUAACAACCCUUCAUAGGAUUCCGCAACCCGAUGACGAUCAAGAAGAACCCCUAGCACUGGUAGCAAAGAAACCAGUAGACAACACACCAUCCCUCCCCACAACGCUUCCAAAGAUCAAAGAAGAAGCUGAAGAAGGUAGUUCGAGGAGCUUCGCCCCAGGACCGUCAAGUUCGAGAAGUUCACAGUCACAGCAGCGGAACUACAAAAAUAUGACUAGAGAAAGGCGAAUUGAGGCAAAUGCGCGGGAAAGGACCCGAGUACAUACGAUCUCAGCUGCCUUUGAUACCCUCAGGCGUGCAGUUCCUUCCUACUCUCACACCCAAAAACUCUCGAAGCUCUCUGUCCUCAGGAUAGCAUGCUCCUACAUUCUGACCCUAAGUCGAGUGGCUGGGAUGGACUACAGCAAAGAUGAGUCAGCUCCUUCGGUGGAUGAAUGUGUCGAUAUGGUAACGAAAACCAUUCAAACGGAGGGAAAGCUACGGAAGAAGAAGGACGAAUAAGAGCUUCCAGCUACAACUCAAAAUAAUUGGGAUUUUAAAGGAUCUGAGUGAGAAAAUGUACUAAUUUUGUAAUUAGUAAUUUUUUUUUAUUUGAAAUAUUUGUCAAAUUUGACUUUACAAAUAAUAAUUCAUAAUCCUCAGAAUUCGUGACAAUAAUAGGUGCUCAUGUUAAGAGAUAAACCUACUAAUUCACAAAUAGAUAUUUGACAAUAUAAUAUUUUCAAGAUGUCUAUGGAAUUUAUUCAUAAACAUCUCACCUCUGAAGUAAUGCCAAAAGGCGGAAAGUCCAUCGAGAGAGAGACAGACUUUGAUGAAUUUUGGUCACGUUUCCAUUUUCUCACCUAUUUUUGAAUGCAAAAGUAAUUUCCAAUUAAAUAUUAGCGUCCAUGAUAAACUUUAAAAAAAAUCACGCUAUCUUUCUCAAUGGAAACGUAACCUCAAAUAAAAGUGAGGAAACUUUUUGUCUGUUAAGUUUGAGAAUUUAAAAAAAAAAGAACAAAUGUCAUAGCAAGUUAUGUGAAUAUUUUGACAGAUAUUAAUCUGACAGAUAGUCAAAUUGUCAAAUUCUUUGCAGAAUAAAUUAAGAAAAAAACGCCAAAAGCAUCUAACUUUGACAGCUAUGAGUUUCCUCAACAAAAUGCGUGCUUUUUUUUUAUUAGUUUCACGUAUAUAGUCCAAGUACAAAUUAUGUCUAAGUUUCUUGUCAUUUGGUCAUUUUUAUCACACAUUGUGCCAUUUUUGUUGAUCUUUUGCGAUUUUUAUUUUUCCCUCCAUUUCUUUUAUGUUUUUUUUUUCGAUUUAAAAAAUGUUACUCAUCAUAAAAUUUUUGCUUUGUGAAAUCUUUUGAAUGCAUUGUACAUAAAGAAAUAAAAUUGAGCGUAUUGAUGAUUGUAAUAUGUAAAUAGUUUUUAUUUUAUUCAGUCGAGUAGAUUUAAAGAAAAAAAGAAGAAAGAAAAAAUGGUGUAUCCGUUAGGAAGUCUUACUGUUUAAAAUAAAAUUUAAAACAACAAAAAAAAA